AUGCAAGUAGCAAAUUCUUCCUUGAUUAUCAUUUCUCCUCUUUUGGAAGGAAAGUAAUUCUCUUUUCUUUUUCAUAAUUAAAGAAGAAAACAAUACAAGAGAAUUCUGAAUUCUCUCUCUAUGUAUUUGAGACUUUGACAGAUGAAGUCUUCUUCUCCUUCUCCAUCUCCUUCUUCUCUUUUUCUAUAUAGCAAAAAGAACAGAUGCCUCAGCAUGGGGAGGCUGGUUCCUUUCUUCUUGUCUUCUCUGGGUUUAACAACUAUUUUCUGCUUGUUCAUUCUUUAUUCGCCAAACCCUUUUAGGUCAAUUCCUAAACAUAAUGACCCUAAUCAAAAGCUCCUCGUGAUCAAGCCAGAAAAGGAGAAGGAGAAUUGCGACUUGUAUAAGGGUGAGUGGAUACCAGACCUUGAAGGGUCUAAAUAUACAAAUUCAAGCUGUGCAACAAUUCCCAAUUCAAAGAACUGUUUCAGGAAUGGAAGGAAAGAUACAGAUUUCCUUAAUUGGAGAUGGAAACCAGAGAAAUGUGAUGUUCCAAGGAUUGAUCCCAAGGCCUUCUUGGAAAUUGUUCGAGGAAAAACACUGGCAUUCAUCGGUGACUCAGUUGCCAGGAACCACAUGGAAUCACUCCUUUGCCUCUUGUCACAGGCGGAAGUUCCAAUAGAUGCUUACAAGGACAAAGAUGACAGAAACAGAAUAUGGUACUUUCCUGCUCAUCAGUUCACUCUUAAAAUCCUAUGGACAAAAUUCCUGGUAGUCGGCGAGGAGAGAAAGAUCAACGAUUCUUCGUCUGGAAUUUUCGACUUGUAUCUGGACAAGGUUGAUGACAACUGGACUAGAGCUCUCCACACCAUUGAUUACAUUAUCAUCUCCGACGGACACUGGUUCUUCAGACCAAUAUACCUACAUAAAGGUUCAAAUGUUGUAGCAUGUGUCUACUGCAACGAACCAAAUGUGACUGAUCGAGGUGUUAGCUUUGCUGUGAGUAUGGCAUUUCGAGCUGCUUUGGGUCAUAUUAAUCACUGCAAGAAAUGCAAGGGCGUAAUCACAUUGUUGAGGACAUUCUCACCAUCCCAUUUUGAGAAUGGGUUUUGGAACACCGGAGGAAGCUGCAACAGGACAAGUCCUUUCAGUGAAAAGGAGAUUGACUAUGGAGCUCGUGAGUGGGAACUCAGGAACAUGCAGGUAGAGGAGAUUGAAAGAGCAAACAGGAAAAGAAAGGAAGGGAAGAGGUUUGAGGUUUUGGAUGUCACAAGGGCUAUGCUUAUGAGACCUGAUGGGCAUCCGGGAGAUUACUGGGGCAACAAAUGGAUGAAGGGUUAUAAUGACUGUGUUCAUUGGUGCUUGCCAGGUCCCAUUGAUUUGUGGAGCGAUUUGUUGCUGGCUGUUCUCAGGAGGCUGAGUUGAUGUCCUGGUCAAGAGAGGGAGUGUAAUUAGGUAAAAGAGUACACAUUUUAUAUAGUAAUACUGUCCAAUUGUUUUUUCUCGUCGGACAAUAAUUAUUCCGGCUCACAAACGUUCAAGCAUUACCAGCGGAGAUGGAAAUAAAUAACUAUGGCGUCGAAAGAUUGCUUUUGGUCCA